UGGUGGGCAACUGCUUCUCCUUCCUGUUCAACAAGUACCCGGGCCUCGGAUGGAACAUCCUCAAAGUAGUGUGUUGGAUACUGGCCAUUAUCACUGGCCUGUUAGCUGGGAAGUUUAUAUUCCACCGCCAGCUCUUUGGUCGAUACCUGCGCCUGAAAAUGUUCCGCGAGGAUCAUGGCUCCUGGAUGACCAUGUUCUUCAGCACCAUCCUCUUCCUCUUCAUCUUCUCACACAUCUACAACCUUUUCCUGCUGAUGGCUGGAAGCAUGAAGCCUCACAUGGUGACAGAGUACAUGGGCAUCAGGAAUGAGAGCUUAAUGAAGAUUGCUGCAGUGGGGACGUGGAUGGGAGACUUUGUCACCGCUUGGAUGGUGACAGAUAUGAUGCUCCAGGAUCAGCACUACCCAGACUGGGGCAAAGCAGCCAGAAGGUUCUGGAAACAAGGCAACAACAGGAUCGUUCUCUUCUGGACAGUGCUCAUCUCUCUGACGUCGGUGGUGGUUCUGGUCAUCAGCACCGACUGGAUCAGCUGGGACAACUUGAACCGAGGCUUCCUGCCCAGCGACGAGGUCUCCAGAGCCUUCCUGGCCUCCUUCAUUUUGGUCUUCGACCUUCUCAUUGUCAUGCAGGACUGGGAGUUCCCUCACUUCAUGGGUGACCUGGAUAUGAAUCUACCAGGAAUGUCAACAACGCAUGUGAAGGUCAAGCUUCCUGUCUGCAAGAGUAUCUUUAAAGAGGAGUACCACAUUCAUAUCACAGGUAAGUGGUUCAACUACGGUAUAAUUUUAAUCGUGCUGAUUUUGGACCUCAACAUGUGGAAGAACCAGAUCUUCUACAAGCCCUAUGAGUAUGGUCAGUACGUCGGGCCCGGUGAGAAGAUCUACACAGUGGAGGAGCCAGAAACCCUCAUUAACUUCAACCACAGCACCCUCACCUACAAGUGGCGCUCCACCAACAUCGACCCCAACACCAACUCAACCUACGUGGAGCGGGACAUGUUCCUCCACAGCCGCUACGUCGGAGCCAGCCUGGACGUGAAGUGCCUGGCCUUCAUCCCGAGCCUGGCGGCGUUCGUCCUCUUCGGGUUCUUCAUCUGGCUGUUUGGGAGAUUUCAGGACAGCGAGACCUUCACGGAAAACCAAGACAAGACAUAUGAAAGGAUCAAGAGGAAGUCGCCGUCGGAGUACAGCAAGGAGAUGGGCGUGACGCCGGAGGAGACUCCUGUGACCAUGAGCGAGAGUCUCAAACAAUCGGGGACACCCAUGCUGCUCUCGGUGGAUGGGCCACACUUUGGGGCGACGCCUUCUACGAACUCUACUAUUUCCAUGGAGACCCAAGAGACACAUCCGAGCAUUGUGAUUGACAGUGCGGAACAGGAGGAACCGGCAGUCUCUUUUGAUGUCCACAAGCUCUCCCCGUGACCUAUGAACCUCUGAAACUCUGAGCUAUACAACUGCGGACAGAUUGAAAAUGACAACUCGAGAUGUAGUUUGUCAAGAUCUCAAAUUGUUGCUGUUCUUCGGGACAGGACCAAGCUGCAACAGACAUUGAACGCAACUGUUCACGAGAUUCAAGAAAAGGACAAGGUGACGUCACAUGAUCACCAAGCCAGUCCUUACGGCUAUUGCAGUUACAUUUGUUUGAAUAUAUUUUUGUAAAGCAAUUCAUUGUUUUCAAAAUAAUCUUUUUAAAAGCUUAAAAAAACUGCACCAAUUCUGAUAACGCAUCUUUUAAAACAGAAUGCAAACUUUUAAUUGACAUGGUGCUCGCUUGGAUUUUGCAUUUUCAUAACUCAAUUUGGCAUGGUAAACUAUUGUGGUGCCUAUAUCAGAGGAGUAUUUCUACAGUCGUAACACUGCAGUCAGGUGGAUUUUAUUGUGUUACAGCUACACUAGUGCCUUGAUAUUUCAUAUGUUCAGAUACAGACAGAAACAUAUACUGACAGUCUAUACUACUAUAGGCAACAAAAUGGAAGAUGUCCUAGUUACGGUCUGCUAUAUUAAUGUCUUAUACAUGCUUUCAUAUUAUACGGACAAUUGUUACCUCAUUUGAUCCUCAGACUUUAUCAUUUUAAUUUAUACUCAUGUCGGUUCUCACGUCUGUCUUACUCAAUUUUAACGUCUCAGUCUCAUUGGAAUGACAUGAACAUCAAUGUACCAUCAGUGACGUAUUCAUAUCCUCUCACUUGAUAUUAGUAGCAGAGAUAAUAAAUGCAAUCAGAUCAAAAAGCAAACCAACAAGCCACCUCAUGAUUGCUUAUGUGGCUGCUGCACCUGGACUGAAUACCAACAAAGUCAGAAAGGUGGUUUUGCCCUUGGCAUAAACAUGCCAUUGAAGUGCAAGGAAGGCUUCUGCUCCAAAGCUCAGGGCUUCUUUAUGUCUAGAUAAACCUUAAACAUUUUAAAAGCAGUUUUGCCAUCAUGGUAAAUGCAUGAGAAAUUAAUUAUUUAUUUGAAACUUUAUCCUACUGUAAAAAAACAAAACAACCUGCAGCAUUUAUCUUUACACUGGCUUUUGAAAGUGUUGGCUGCCUUUUUACAUAUUUUCCUGUGCUUCACAGUCUCUUUAAAAUACAUAUAUCUGGAGUUUUUGGUCUACUAACUGAAAUACUAACUCAGUUAUUACUGCAUUACUAACUGUUGUUUAAUAUAAGUUUGUCACAUUCCACUUUGCAUAGAAUUAUCACCAAAGAUACCAAAUAAUAAUUCUGAAAUUUUAAUAUUGCUGCAUCAGAUGAUAUGCUUAUUUAAAAGAGAUAUAUUCAUGAUAGACAAAGUGGAAUAUUAUGUGCUCUUGCAUCACUCUGCAUUAUAAUAGAGUGUAAUGUGCUAUAAUAUCCUGGAAAACUAUUUCCCGAAAAGCGGAGUCUAUCAAAAAUAACUACAUCUUUUGCUCCCCAACACCUCAGUCCUGACAGAAUUUUGUUCAACAUUAUUUGCGUUCAAAGUAACGUAGCCUGGGGUGUCCCACCAGAAUUGUUGCAAUGUUCAACUGUAAUCAAUUAAUAAAUGGAUUAAAUUUUUAAAAAGCUAUUUUAAAUAAUUCUAUUAAAUUUGCUGGCAUUUAUAUCAGAAUCAGAAUCAGAAAUACUUUAAUAUACUAUAAAUAUAUAUUUAUAUACCAAAGUAAAAGAAUGCUUAGAAGAUCAUUAUCUUGUCUUUAAAUGACAAAGGAAGCAGAAUUAUUGUCAAAUGUAUCUAUUUAUUUUUAAUUAAUAACCAUUUAAAUGUAUAUUUAAUGAUAUACAUUUAUAAUAGAUUUUCUUAUGUUUUAAUUUAUUAAUUGAUUACAUAAAACAGUUAAUAAUUCUUCCGGUGACACUCCAGGCACCUUACAGCAAUUUCCUGUGAAUGUGUGUGCAUGUAUGUGUGUACACUAUGGAGACAGAUGUGUACAUCUUUGUCUGUAAAGAAUGUUUUAUACUUAAUAGUGCAUGUUGUGUGUGUGUGAGUCUGUCUGUCUGUGUGUGUGUGCUCCUGUGUGCAGUGGAGGCUUGUGAAGUGCGUAGGUGUUUGCUGCUACACUUGUUUUUGACAAAGGCCAUUCUGUGAAGAGGUCAGUUUAUUUAGCAUAAUUGGUUCGCAGCUCUGGGUUCUGUAAUUAUCCUUUUAUACAUUACAGCGCUAUGAACACAUUAGAUAUUAGUGUUUCACCAAAGGGCAGAACCUCUUUGGACUUGAAGGGGGUCUAAUAUGUUUGUAACAUAUUGUGUUUGGGUCGAAAGUAAGGGUUUCCUCUUUGUUGUUCAUUCUAUUUUCAUUGAAUUGUGUUCAGACCUUUCCUGUGUGUUUGUGCUUUUUUUUGUUUUUGUUUUUUAAAGUGGAGAAAAUCUCCUUUCAGUGUUUGCUCAGUGUACUGUACAUCUGUUCAGCCUUGUGUUACCAAUAAAUUAAUACAUUUGUUAUAUACUAUA